AUCUGAUUGGGUUCUUGUAACAUCAACAUUUGUUUUUGUCAGCAGUUGCCCACAUUGGCGGUGCGGUUCGUGUAGUCUACUCUUUGUCUUCCAUCGAAAAUUUUCUCAAAUCCGUGUAAAACCCAUCCAGUUUGAGUGCUGGGGCCCGGGAAACGUCCACCCACCCAUAAACAGCUACACCUUCAGUGAUAACAUGUUAUAAUUCACACGUGCCGUUCGAUAGGGUGUUGUAAAAUUUGUGAAUGAAUUGUUCUUUUCGUGUCUGACCCACCCCCUGCAUCUUACUUACGCUUUUCCUCACCAUCAUGUGCUUCACGGAUUUCUUCGCGUGAGAGGAGGAUUACGACAGCAGCAUGAUGUGAAGGAAUGGCUCGUCGACGGAAGCAGCGCUUUAAGCCUUAAGGAGCCCCAGCCAUGGACCACAGCGUGAAAGCGAUGACAUCCCCUCGCAUCCUCACCCGGAUGCUGAACCCUCACCGCUUUGAAAACGACGAGCUCGAGCAGCUCUACCAGCGCUACAUUUGCAAACUGCAGCACUCCAGUGUAGCCGCGGUGGUCGCCCUCUUCGUCGUGUUGACGGCCCUCUUGGCCAACCUGGGCCUGAUCUACUCGCAAGGGCCCACCGCCCAGAACGUGUACCAUGCCGCCCAUUGCAUCCUCUUUGCCUUGCUCUUAGGCUUCCUCCACACCCGCUUCAUGCAAGAUGCGUAUCUGCUGUGGGUCUGCUACGUGGUGUUGUUCUUCUUGGCGAUUUUCUGCGCGUUGGCGUUGCCGCUCUAUCCGGAAAGUUCGACGGCGAAAGUGGCGGCGGAAGGAACGUGGCAAGUGGUCUUUGUGGUGUUCUUGGCGUACGCGAUGAUGCCGCUCAAGAGUUGGAUUGCGGCGAUUUUUGGAUUGGUGCUGUGUUGUGCGCAUAUCACGGUCGCGACACUCUUCGCCAGGGAUUUUCAAGAGCUUAUGUGGCAGCAGUUGAGUGCCAACGUUGUGGUUUUCUUGUGCGUUAACGUCGUUGGAAUUUUCGUUCACAACCUGAUGGAGCAUGCACAGCGGAAGGCUUUCCUGGACACCAGGAACUGCAUAGCGGCCCGACUUGAGAUGGAGGACGAAAACGAGAAACUCGAGAGGCUCCUGUUGUCGGUGCUGCCCCAGCACGUCGCCAUGGAGAUGAAGAACGACAUAAUCUCGCCGGUCGAAGGCCAGUUCCACAAAAUCUACAUCCAGAAGCACGAAAAUGUUAGCAUCCUCUUCGCCGACAUCGUGGGAUUCACCGUACUGGCGUCACAAUGUACUGCCCAGGAGUUGGUACGACUGCUGAACGAAUUGUUCGGAAGAUUCGACCAGCUGGCUAAUGAUAACCACUGUUUGCGCAUCAAAAUCCUGGGGGACUGCUAUUACUGCGUGUCUGGCUUGCCGGAACCGCGCUCAGAUCACGCUCACUGCACGGUGGAGAUGGGCCUGGACAUGAUCGACGCCAUCGCCAGCGUGGUCGAGGCCACUGACGUGCAGCUCAACAUGCGGGUGGGCAUCCACUCGGGGCGGGUGCUCUGCGGCGUCCUGGGGCUCCGGAAAUGGCAGUAUGACGUGUGGUCGAACGACGUCACCUUGGCCAAUAACAUGGAAGCGGGCGGCGAGCCGGGGCGGGUGCACAUCACCCAGGCCACCCUGGACUACCUGGGGGGCGAAUACGAGGUGGAACCCGGUAACGGCGCCACCCGGAACCAGUACCUGCGAGACCACUGCGUCACCACAUACUUCAUCGUACCACCAGCUCGCCGGAGAAAGCCACUCUUGUUCAACACGCUGCAGGUCCGAUCGGCCCUUGGUGCGGCUCAGAGGCGCAAACUCAGCUUCAAGAACGUCUCCAACGUCGUGGUCCAGCUCCUCCACUCCAUUAAGUACUCCAUGGAAGUGCCCUUCUCCAACAUGGCCCUCCAGCCCGACCUCAAGUCCACCAACGCCCGGAAGGUGCUAGAUCUGCAGCGGGUGCUCCAUGCGGACCCUUCGGCGUGUGAGUCGUCCCAGCACCCUGCUGAAACUAGCAGCAAAGUGCUAGAACUGCAGAGGGUGCUCCAUGCCGAAAUCUCACCCUCCACAGAACAAACACGCUCCCCAGAUACAGAGACCAAUAAUAAAGUGACGGAAAAAUUCAAAAGGCCGUUUAAAAAGAGGCACUCCAGCGUCUACCACCAGCCCUCGAACAGGGUUAAUAAGUACUUGGCGCAAGCGAUUGAUGCGAGGAGUGUUGACAGGGAAAAGUCAACCCAUGUUAACUUAUUUACGCUGUGCUUUAAAGACAGCAGCAAGGAAAACCAGUAUCACGAUGAUUUGGAUGUGGGCUAUAGCUCGUCGCUUGUGUGCGCUUUGGUUCUGUUGGUCCUUCUUGGAGUGCUCCAAGUGACGGUGCUGCCGCGAACCAUCAUCCUGCUCUUGCUUUUCCUCACGGCGUUUGUGUGGAUUUCGGUCGUUCUUAUGCUGCUACUUGCCGUCCGCCUGCGCUGGAUUCUGUGGGACAUCUCGCACAGCUUCGUCCUAAGACUGGCCAUCACCGUUUUUACCAUAGUUUUAAUAUACACGGUAGCUCAAGUUAAUGUGUUUACUUGUCGUCCACCCGACGAGUCGAAAUGUGUGCCUACGACAGCGAACGUGACUCUGGACGGCGGUUUCAAGGAGGCGGACCACCGCGCCUGUCCCCUGCCCCAGUACAUCGUGUUAUCGUGCGCUUUGGGGUACUUGGCCGUUGCAAUAUUCCUCCGACUUCCCAUUUUAUUGAAAGCCGUUCUGCUCGUGAUCAUGUCAACGGUGUACAUUUUGCUGAUAACGCUGUCACACACCCGCCUGUUCACCUGUUACGACAAGCGAGUGAAUCAGGUGGGAUUAAUCAUCCCGGCCGAUGUUCUGAGCGUCGUCCAGGUGCUUAUGUUCGUCCUGGCCGUGCUCCUGCACGGCCGUCAGGUGGAAUGGACGGCCCGUCUGGACUUCCUGUGGCAGGUCCAGGCCAACGAGGAGAAGCGCGAGAUGGACGCACUCCAGCACUCGAACAAGCGGAUUCUGUUCAAUUUACUGCCGGCGCACGUCGCGACGCACUUCCUGGAUAACCAGUUCAGGAAUAAUAUGAAUACUCUAUCACAGGAACUGUACCAUCAGAGUUAUUCAAGAGUGGGUGUUGUUUUUGCUUCCAUCACUAAUUAUCACGAGUUCUACACCGAAUUAGACGGGAACAAUCAGGGUGUUGAAUGUUUAAGACUCCUCAAUGAGAUUAUAGCCGACUUUGACGACUUGCUGGGCGAAGAGCGGUUCAAAGCCAUUGAUAAGAUCAAGACGGUGGGCUCCACCUACAUGGCUGCUGUUGGCUUAAUGCCAGAUUUGCGAAUUUUGGACGACGAUGAGACCACCGCGGGGAUUCACCUGAGCACACUGGUGGAGUUUGUUUUCGCAAUGAGGGAUCGCCUACUCAACAUUAACGAGAACUCGUACAACAACUUCAUGCUGCGAGUAGGGAUCAAUAUCGGCCCCGUGGUGGCCGGCGUGAUCGGCGCCCGGAAGCCCCAGUACGACAUUUGGGGCAACACAGUGAACGUGGCCAGUCGUAUGGAUUCCACAGGCUUGCCAAACCACACCCAAGUCACCGAGGAAGUUUACCAAGUGCUCAAAUCCUACCCUUACGAGUUCCAAUGCCGCGGAAAGGUCAAAGUCAAAGGAAAGGGCGACAUGACCACCUACUUCCUCAUCGAUCGGAAGCAGCCGGGGACGCUCCGUGUGGAAGAGCUCAACAGUUUGCGCUCCAACUCCACGUCGAAUACGAGCAACAUGUACGGGGGCGUCGCCACCCCUUUGGCCCUCCUGCACCACAGCGAGAUGAACGGGCGGACGAAGCAUCCGCAGCUGCAGACGAGGUCGAGCUCGAGGGAGGACAGCUACAGCGGGGUUAGGAAUGCAAUGAGGUUGCCGCCGCUCAGGGAGGCGCCGCAUAGAGACCAUGGGAAUAACGGCUGUGAGAAUGAGCCUUUACUGCCGGCUGGGGGGUGCAAAAGGAACGGGAAGAAGGUGCAAGAGGAGAAUUUGCCGCCGCCACCGCUGCCGCCACAUAAAAAUUCCUAUCAGCAAGUGCAGAGGCAGUCGUCACAGGACAUGCGCUACACCCCCCCGUGGCCUCGAGCUCCGAAUCCCUACUCUGCAAUACCAGCGCGACCAUCUGAGAACAUCAAACCCUACCUCAAACCGCUCCCCAAGCCCCCAGGCAAGGAGUCCCCGAACCGCCACCACCGAAAACAUCACAACGGCGGCUCCGGCGGCCCUGUCCCACCCCCUCAUCAAAUCCUCACACCUCUCCCACAUCAAAACAUCCCAGAGCGCACCCCCGAACUCCUCCGUAACAAAAUCCAAACCCGACACAACCCCCUUCAAAACAGACACAGUCCGUUGCACUCGCGCCACAGCCCCCACUCCAACCGACACAGCCCUCUGCAGCGACACUACUCGGACGAGAGUCUAGGGGGGCUGUACACCACGGGCGUCCCCCAGCGCAUCCACUCGUCGGCCGACGAGAUCAGCUCCUUGAACCACUCGCCCAGCAUCAGCAGCUCGGACGAGAGCUACAGCAGGACAACGGACGCUGAUGCCUCCCCCUGUGUGUCUCCGCCACUUCCUGCAGACACUCAACAGUUCCUAUUCCCGUCGGAUAUUCAAGUUAAUCCGUGUUCGUCACCGGAGGUGUCGCCAAGAGCGUCACUGGACUAUAUCCCAGCGAAUUGUUCCUUGAGGAACAGUUCGAGUGAUCGGAACAACACUAAGCGGAAUAAUCUACCACCGAAUGCGGUCCUGGCUCUUGCUGGGACUUGUAACACCGUUGAUUCGUCGAUUGUGACAAGUCCGCCGGUUCUCGACGGCGAAGACAGUUGUAAAGGGGAGAGUUGUGCCAGUUUUGAGUUUGUGACUCGACCAAAAACCAAACCAACUUCACUGUUAAGAGCAAAUAGCGCCAACGGUGCGGUUUCAAAACUUCCAAUCAAGCAGAAAAGUCUCGAUAAGCGGAUACGGAACGACAGCGAUUCGGUCCUGGAGUGCAACAAACUGGCGGCAAACUGCAAAAGGUCCCCUAGUUUCAAAGAGGCGGAAGAAAUCCGCGAGCUACUCAAGGAGGACGAAACGCGUAACCUUGGCGAAAAGAGUUUGAAGAAAGACGGCUGUUGUCAGACGGAUAAAAAGGACCUGAGACGGUUCAAGACUUCACCGUCCGGCUUCCGCGACAAGAUUUCCCCCAAUAACAAGGUGAACAACACCGAGAACGAGAACCUGAUUGGUCCGUUUGAGCGCGAGAUCCAGAAACUGCUCGACGAGCAGAACCUCCUCCAGAACAUCCCUCCAAAGUUCGAGCUGAACCAGCAGAACAAAGACCUGGCUUUGGAGCCGCUUGUAAGGUACGCUCCAAACAAUAACAACCACCAGGUGGGGCUUGCGGCGAUCCAGGCCCUAGCUCUAGGCUUGAGAGUGAAUCCCACCGGCAGUGUUACCCUCCAGUGCAUGUCCCCUCCCAGAGCAAGCAGCAAAGAGGGAUCGCUUAAGCGGGGAGCGUCCCCAGGACCGUCCGAAUCCCAUAAACAGCCAAAAGUGUCGCCUCUUGACAGAGCUCCGAAGUCGGCUGAGGAAGCCGAUGUUGACUGUGAUAUGCCGGAAGUUCACAAGAGAGACGACGACACUGAUCUUGAGAGCUUCGAGCGCGAGGAGCAACGCAUGGAGGAAGAAGCAGCAAGGCCUGUGGACCGAGAGUUGGAGGAGGAAGUUAAGAGACUGUUGGAGGAGAAAGUGCAAGAAAAGUUGAGGAAUUUGGAAAAUGGGGGUUUGGAGAGUCAAGGGGCGGAGGGAAGCCAGUCGGAGUGGUCGGAGGAUGAGGACGGGGGGGCUUCUGAGCCACUUUUGAAUGAUAGGGAAUCGACGGGGUAUACCACGGAUGAUCCAGCGCUGGAGAAUAUUUCGAUGAUUAACGAAACUGGACUCACGGAUGCUGAAGGCGCCCUGAGCGACGUGAACUCUGCUUAUAACGACCACAACCACGAGGGCGACAUGGACGACAACACCAGCAUGUCGUCGCGCGCCUCCUCGCGCAUCUUCGACUCGGACGCGAUGAUGUCUCUGGAUUCUCUAAGUGCUCUCUAUGACUCCGAAUACGACAAUUGCUAUCGAACUGAUGACGAUCUAAAUGCAGUACCUGACCUCGACAGACUUAACUAUUUUUCAGUGCCUGCGAAUGACGUUCAUCUCGCAAAUAUCCGAUCAAUGAGUGAGAGUAUUACUAGAAACUUUGGACAGCCUCGAAGUGAAACGGAUCCAGAUAGUGAUGUUUAGGGACUAAAAUUUUCUAUGAUUUGGUGAAUAGACGAUAUUAAUCUGAAUGUACUAUAUUUGAUUAGAGAUGCGUUUACAAGAUCGGAGGGUGAUUAUCUCGUUAGAUGGUUUUGAUCAAAACUUUUUCGUAUUUUGGUUGAUAUUAGACUAGAUCGCAAUGGUGCUUCUAGCGCGAAGGGACUGAUACUUUGUGAUUUUUUAUUAGGCAGCUUUCUACCAAGCUGGAUAUCACCCACGUAGUUGGUUUUAACCAAAGAAUGCAAUUUUUUACAUUAGUGAUAUCUUUGUUGUGUAUUGAAUGAUGAUUUUAUUACUUAACGGGAAAUAGUGGCUCAACAAUUUGUAUAAAUCUUGCUAAUGGCGUCUCUUAUGUAUAUAAUCCUGUUUUAGUUGAUUUUAUUUAUUUAUGGAACAUAUUUUAUUUGUUACCAUCGUGGAUGCAAUAUUUUGUAUUUAAUUAUAUAGUUUAUAUCAUUAGUAAUUCUAAAUUACUGGUGUACUUAAAUUGAGUUUUACACUUUCUUUCUCUCUUACGUACGACUUUUGUUACAGGAUACAUCAGAUGUAUUAUUUGUUAAUUCCAUCUUAAACCGGAUUUAUAAUGGAAUUUUCUUUCUGUGAUCACCAUUUCUAAAUGUAGCACUGAAUAUAUUGGUGGUUUGUAAAUAUUUCUAUUUUCUUCGAAUAUCCGAUCUUGGUGUUUAUUAUUAUUGUUGUUCUCUUUGUAUUUCCUAUUUUCUGUAACUAUAUUUUCUACUAUUAUCUGUAAAGACUAAAAUUUGAUCAUAAUAUGUGUUGGAAAAUUUUUAAUGAUUUAUUAAAUGCUUAUAAAAGUAAACUAAAUACAUUAUCAAAACUG